AUGCAAGGAUUGGGUGGCCAAGUCAGCGUGGCCUAUAAGGAUUUGUGUCUGUUCCCGGAUGUUCAGUUACCAACAGGGUUCACAAUGCCUAAGUUCGAUCUGUAUGACGGGCAUGGUGACCCGGUAGCCCACCUGAGGGGAUUCUGCAGCAAAAUGAGAGGGGCAGGUGGAAAAGAUGAGUUACUGAUGGCGUACUUCAGCCAGAGUCUGAGUGGGUCUGCUUUGGAGUGGUAUACACGACAGGACCAUGGUAGGUGGUAUACCUGGGAUGACUUGACACAAGCGUUCGCCUGCCAUUUUCAAUACAAUCUAGAAAUUGUUCCAGAUCGCCUGUCACUGAUAAAACUCGAGAAGAAGCCCGGGGAGAGCUUCAGAGAGUAUGGGUUCCGCUGGAGAGAACAGGCCGCGAGGGUCGACCCUCCAAUGAAAGAAAGCGAGAUGGUUGAUUACUUUUUUCAGGCUCUGGAGCCGACUUAUUUUGGUCACUUGGUAACAGCAAUUGGCAAAUCUUUUAAUGAAGUUGUGAAGAUGGGAGGAAUGGUUGAGGAAGGACUGAAAUCCAAUAAAAUCAUGAGCUAUUCAGCGAUCAAAGCAACCACCCAGGCCAUCCAAAGCGGCACUGGGGGUGUGCUCGGGAAAAAGAAGAAGGAAGAAGUUGCAACCGUUGAGUCCGGAGCUUGGUCCAGAUCUAGAGGCCCUUCACCCUACUACAAUCAACCCCGACCCACCACCAAAAUUACCCAUACACUCCAUAUAUCCCUCCACAACACUAUUACCCACCGCCAGAUCCACAUUUUUCCGUCCACCAUGCUCAAACUUAUACCCAGCCUCCGGCUCACGCGCAAUGGCGUGCGCCGGCUCCCCAAACUCAUACCCAGCUCCACAAAACACCUAUCCACCCCAAGAGCCUACAGAAACCCCCCCGGAGCAGGUCACCGACCAAGCCCAGCCUUAAAAAAUGAGAGAUUACAGAAGCAAAAGACUUUCACUCCACUGGGAGAAUCAUAUACCACUCUUUUUCAUAAAUUGUGGCAGUUAGGUCUGUUGAAUCAUAUUGAGCCCAAAAUGCCAAACCCCCUUCCUAGAAAUCUGGACCACUCAGUAAGUUGUGAAUACUGUUUGGGAGCCCCCGGACAUGAUACAGAGAAGUGUUGGAAACUAAAAAUAGUUGUGCAGGAACUCAUUGACACUCACCGGAUCGAGGUUCAGGCCCCAGAUGCACCAAAUAUUAACCAGAAUCCGUUGCCGGCUGUAGACAUGUGA